CAAACUAGCAACAGUUGGAGGGAGCAACAGAGGGACGCUGCGCUGGAGACAUGUGGAGAAAAGUACUGUUAUAAAGUCUUACUGGGCAGUUUGCGUCCGAGCACUGGUCGACCCAGUUAAACCAGAGCUGAGACCGGAGGGACAGCUGUGAUCACAAGAUGAAUUUCUCGGAGGUCUUCAAGCAAACCAACCAACUUUGUAAAGUUUCCCCAGAUGGGAAAUAUUUGGCUACCUGUGUGCAGUACAGACUGGUGGUGCGAGAUGUGAGCACCCUGCAGAUCCUGCAGCUCUACACCUGCCUGGACCAGAUAUCCCACAUGGACUGGUCUUCGGACUCUCUCUUUAUUCUCUGUGCCAUGUACAAGAGAGGACUGGUACAGGUAUGGUCUCUUGAACAGCCGGACUGGCACUGCAAGAUUGAUGAGGGCUCAAUAGGUUUAGUCUCCUCGCGCUGGAGUCCUGACGGACGUCACAUUCUCAACACCACUGAGUUCCAUCUGAGAGUCACCGUCUGGUCCCUGUGCACUAAAGCUGUGUCUUACAUCAAGUAUCCCAAAGCAUGUCAGAAGGGUAUAGAUUUUAGUAAAGAUGGCUUCUAUUUGGCCCUGGCUGAACGCCGUGACUGCAAAGACUAUGUCAGUGUUUUUGUGUGUGAUGACUGGCAUUUACUCAGGCAUUUUGAGACUGAGACGCAGGACCUCGCAGGGUUGGAGUGGUCUCCCAAUGGCUGUGUGCUGGCAGUUUGGGACAGCUGUCUGGAGUACAAAGUGCUGCUGUAUUCUCUGGAUGGCCGAUUGCUGUCUCAGUAUAGCGCCUAUGAGUGGUCGUUGGGCAUCAAGUCAGUGACCUGGAGCCCCAGCAGCCAGUUCCUGGCCAUUGGCAGCUAUGAUGAAAAAGUGCGUAUCCUCAAUCACAUCACAUGGAAGAAGAUCACACAGUUUGACCACCCUGUAACCAUCAACAGUACUAAAGCUGUUGUGUAUAAGGAAGUGCAGAAAACGCCAGCUGCUGGAAGUGAUGACCUGUCGAUACACAACAUCACAAUUGGCAACACCCUAUUUAACACCCAGAGCAAAUAUGAGAUCUGUCCACUGCCAGUCCAAAUUCCUGUGGUCAAACCAGACCCAGACCGAGCCAACCCCAAGAUUGGAGUCUCUUCCUUGGCAUUCAGCUCAGACAGUCGAUAUCUAGCUACCAAAAAUGAUAAUAUGGCAAGCGUUGUCUGGGUGUGGGACAUGCAGAGGAUGAGCCUGGAGGCCGUGUUGGAGCAGACAUCAGCCGUGCGCUGCUUCCAGUGGGACCCUCGACGCCCCCGACUGGCACUGUGUACAGCCAACACCAAACUCUAUCUCUGGUCACCAUCAGGCUGUGUUUCUGUCCAAGUCCCCACUGAAGGUGGUUUCCAGGUCCAUUCCCUGAGCUGGCACUGCAGUGGAGACUCUCUGAUCCUAAUAGGAAAGGAGCAGCUGUGUUUGUGCUUCAUGGACACUGACGAGGAAGACAAGUAAAACAGAGGGAUAAAGAAUGACUGACUGAAUCGCAGUUCAGACUUAUGUUGCCACAAGCACUUGUCCGGGGAUGUGUUAUGGGGAUGACCAAAAGACUGGUAAAAACACUCCUCCUCUAAAUCCUACUUUCCCUAUUUUGAACUGUACCAGCUCAACAAGCUUUUAAGGCUCUCGGUGCAGGUUACUGAGAUGUUCCUUUUCUUGUUGAGUUGAAGAUAUUUUGGAUACUUUUUUUAAAUAGAUACAUUUGUACUGAAGCACUAGUUCCAGCCACUGUGAGAAGAUAUAUGUUUAUAAUGUUAAAUAGCUUUCUCUAUACUUUUAGUUUGACCUAUUUUGGAUGAAAGUCUUAACUAUUUUCAAUAAAUUUGUCAUAAGCAAUAAACCUUAAAGUGAGAUAAUAAAAUGUUGUGCAUCAUAACCUGUCUGUGUUCUGUGCCACAUAAUAGUGCACAUCACGCAGAUGUAAAAACAAUAGACUUCAAACUGAUAACACCUCACAAGACAGUUUACAACACACACAGUCCCCAAUGCUUUUUUUUUUAUGACAUUUUGGUAUGUUUUAUCUGCUGGGAGGAUCAGAGACAUGAGACAGGUUUUUCAAUGCGUCAUUUUAAAUUAGUUCUUUAUGACAUGAGUUACAUAAUCUUUAAUCCGCAAAUAUGGCAUCAUUACUGGUAUAAUGUAAUUGUUGUUACCCGCGACAACCAAACUGAAAGGCCAGCAAGAACUCCACAUAUUUAUGACAAUAAGUUAAUCCCUCUCAAAAUCCCUGAACAAAUUUCUUCAGAACUUGCUAUUAAAUACUAACCGCUCAUGUGUUAACGUUAACAUAACUUCACAUAAAUAAAAUCUUAUGAGUAUAUACACAUUUCAUUUUGGAUUUACUUUAAAAAAAAAACAUCUAUCAUGCAAACUCAACGUGCAAGAAACAUGCACAAGUUAAGACCAGUGAAAGGCAUUUCGGGACACAAUAGAUCAUUGUUGGGCAUGAAAAUAUGGUUUGUUACCUUUGGUAGCACAAAGAUGUACAAUAGGGUGCAGCUUAAGAAACGAAUCACCUAAAUUCUAUUAACAAGAAUCACAGCGUGUAUUAAAGUAACUGAUGCAAA